CUUUAUACUGAAGAAAUGUUAUCCUGUGCUGAAAUGGCCCUGCCCUGUUAUGGCUUUGUAGUAAAUCUAACAGGACUGUUUACAUUUUUAUUUUUCUCUUUUGCAGUGAGUGUGUGUGCACAGGAACGUAUUCAGCUAUAAUUUGCUCAGUCAGCUGUUCUGAUUUCUGACUCCAAAGUAGCUUAUAACUCAUAGCAAUACCGUAUGAAUAGAUUGCAUGAAGUCCUAGUAAAAUAUUACCAAGUCUGUUUUAACAUUCUCACAGUUUGUAUCUUGUUAAUUCGUAUGCUGCUUUAUUUUAUUUUUUAUUUCCCAUAUUACACAUGCCCUUUGGUUUCUGAUAUUAAAACUGAUGGAGAUACAUAUUACUGGGGGUUGUGUGCUUUAUGCAAGUAAGAAUUCCAUCACAAAAAUGAAGUAAACCCUGCUUUGUCAAAAAAAAAACAUUUUCUAAGUAUAUCCACUGCCAUUACCCAUUUCUCUGCUAAAAGGUUGUAUAUUUAUUGUCUGCACUGCUGCCUCAAAGACCAACUUUGAGCACACCUUCAGUGCUGCUUGUACAUUCCCUCUUGCUCAUCGUACGUGCUGAAAGCAUGCCAUUGUUAUGGUCUCUGAAUGCACUCUCGGCAUACCCUUCAAUCUUGCAUGAAGGAAAGUAACUGUAGAAUCCAUUAGCAAAAUUUCCAUUCUGAACCAAACAGUGGUUGUCAGGUCCCACCUGUAUUUUUUGCUGGUCCUUCACAAGUGAUCAGAACACACUAAUACCACAAAGUAGAAAAUAGGCAACUUCCUACAGGAAAGAUCUCAAUAGAAGGGCUGCUACAGAAUAAACCUGCCCCUUUUUAGUGUACUUAAAUUGAUUUCUGUUACCUAAAGUAGGUCACUUAGGAGAAACCUGCUGUCACAAAUGAAACCAAUUUAUACUCAUUCCCUUAUCUUGUGAGGACUCAGUUUAGGACUUAGGACUUGAGGACAGGUCUUUUUGGUGUUUAAAAAAAUGAGAAUUGAAUUGCAAGAGUGAUCGGUACUAAUGAAUACUACAGUUUUGUAAGCCUGCCUUUCUCAGUAGUAUUUUCCUGGUUAGGAGGUCAUUUAUCCUGGAGAACUCAUAGCCUCUCCAAAGUGAGAAACAUCUCUAAGGAAAUGAAGUAAUGGUUCUGCUAGUAAAAGACAUUAGCCAAAAUGUAUUACAAUUUCCUGCAUAUGCUUUGGCCUCCUCCCCUGUCUUCAUCUUUCACUUUUUCAUAUUUUGAGCAUUGUUGGUGGCUGUCAGUAUUGCAACAGAAGUAGCACUGAACUGAAGUAGGUUAUUCUAAGUCAGUUGCCCCUCAGCCCAUCCUUGAAAGGACAUGUUGUUAUCAAAAAUAUUUUUCAGAUGCUGAGCAAAUUGCAGCCUUCUCCCCAAGUCUGUGUCACUCUUGGUUGCUAAUCAGUAUUUCACAGCAGUACUGCAUCUAUAUUAUCUUAUUGUUUUCUUCUCUGAGGUGAAGAGAGCCUCUUUGUUCCUUAGGCUUAUGUCCUCCUUUGGUGGUAGAUCCUAAGAUCUUUGUCUUUCCAAGAGUAUAUCAGCAUAUGGUGAUAUACUUGCUGAACUUGGAAUAUACAAAUCUUAUAGCUGUGGGGAUAUUCUGACUUUGGGUAGCUAGCAGCAAGUACUUAAUACAUCAUGGCAAAGUUGUUUUUUGUUUGUAUGCAAGUUAUGGCAUGGCUAUUGCUCUUACUGUGCUGCAUGUAGUACGUCAGAGUCUCAUAAGGAAACAGUGAUGUAUCCACAGCAGUGUGGGGUCUUCAUGCCCUCAUAUGUCAGUGUUAUCAAUAUGAGUUUUCAAUAAUAGUAUUGCCACAAACGUAAUGUUACUUCUUGCAGUUCUCUUUUUUUUUCCACAUGAAGCUGUAUCUAUUGCUCAACUUAACCAUGAAAUGGGAAAAUUGCUAUUGGAAGUGCAAACAAAACAGUUUUCUUUCUGUCUGUAAUCUGUCUCAGCAAAACUCGGGAAAAGCAAAGCUAUUAUGUGUUCAGUGGAAGUCCAAAAAUAAAAGAACAAUGAAAGGAAUCUACUCUUCCUUCUCAGUGUUUUCUCUGCUCUUAUGAGCUGUGAUGGACAGUCACCAGGCAGAAGUUCAGAGUUUGAAGCUAGAUAAUGAUUCAGUUAUAGAAGGAAUAAGUGACCAGGUACUGGUGGCAGUUGUGCUCAGUUUCACUUUCAUUGCUGCUCUGAUAUAUACGCUUUUCAGAAAUGAACACCAGAACAUACAUCCAGAAAAUCAAGAGCUAGUACGAGCUCUUCGUCAGCAGCUUCAAACUGAACAGCAGGAUGCUUCUAAUGGUGACAGACAUCGCUUCUAUACAGACAUGUCUUGUCCAGUCUGUUUGCAACAAGCAACGUUUCCCAUAGAAACAAACUGUGGGCAUCUCUUCUGUGGUUCCUGCAUCAUUGCAUACUGGAGAUAUGGAUCAUGGCUUGGUGCCAUCCGUUGUCCAAUCUGCAGACAAACGGUGACGUUGUUUUUACCACUCUUCGGUGAAGAUCAGCAGGGUGCAACUCAAGUAUUACAAGAUGUUAAUGAUUACAAUCGGAGAUUCUCAGGACAACCCAGAUCUAUUAUGGAAAGAAUUAUGGAUCUGCCCACUCUGCUGCGGCAUGCAUUCAGGGAGAUGUUUUCUGUUGGAGGCCUCUUCUGGAUGUUUCGCAUCAGAAUAUUCCUCUGUUUGUUUGGAGCCUUUCUCUACUUGGCGUCACCUCUGGAUUUUCUUCCUGAAGCUCUUUUUGGAAUUCUGGGGUUCUUGGAUGAUUUCUUCGUCAUUUUCCUUCUGCUGAUAUAUAUUUCCAUCAUGUACCGAGAAGUGGUGACCCAGCGUCUGAAUAGAUGAAAUGGCUGAAGGUCAGCUAGACACAGAGAUGGAAUGUUUCAAAAAGAGAACCAUGAGUAUGGAAUAGCAAGGUGCCUGUGUACAGUUUCAGUAGUUAUAAUUCCAUAGCUUCUAAUUGAUCGUCUUAUACAAAUAUGAAAGGUUAGUGUGUGGUGAUGCUUAACUGGAAUCUUUAACUUUUGUAUUACGUAUGCUUCAUAAUGAUGAGGUCAGUUUUAUAAUGUAAUGAACUGCCUUCAUCUGCUUAUACCUGAGGUACAAUUGUAUGUGAUCAAAGCAGAAAACACCUCAUUUGAAGUGACUUGUGAAAAAAGGGGUUCUAGCAAAGGACUUAAAGGAAAACGAAUAUGUUCGGUACUCUAGACAUGCAUAAAGAAAUUGAAAACUUCUUUGCAGGACAAUUAUGAAUAUGUUUAAUGUCUCACUGUUGUGGGCUUUUAAAUAAAAGUAGCUUUGUGUAUCUCUGUGGAAGAAAUCCAAUGACCACAGUACCAUUACCACCCUGCAGUUUGUCCACUUGCUUCACAGAAACAAGGGGAACACCUCAGUAUUGCUUGAGCUGCACUGUGUACAGUUGCAUGCAAUUCAUACAGUUUUAUUUUUAUAUUUUAUAACAAAGCACUCGCCAUAUGAUCUACAAGGAGAAACCUAUGUUAUACACGCCGGACUGCCUAGUGCUCUGUUUUUUGAUGGGAGCAUGUUUUUCUUUUCUUCUGAAACUUGUUUAUUUAGUGGGUAUGUAUCUUGAAAGUGUUUUUUUCUAAUGCAGCUUUGGGUCAGUGCAGUGUAUCUUCAUUGGACAUUUGCAUGCCUUAGGCUGCAUUAAGCAUUUAGGCAGUAGGAAGAGCCCUCAGAUUUUAGGCAGUGAUUAUAGAAGUCACAACUGGAUGUUUGCACUACGGAACUUUACCAGACUGUGCAUUUUCAACACGAAUAUUAAUCAACUUAGAUAUGAGGCGUUUAAUUUUCCCUUGGGGUUUUCUUGUUUGAUUGACUGAUUUUGAUGUGGGUAGAGGGCAUUUUGAAUUAACUUGAAAAAGAUCUUUGAGUAGGGACCACAAAAAAAAAAAGUCCUGAAAAUGUUUUCAAAAUGACUGGGCUAUUGAUGAUCCAAUCCCUAAAAGUUUGUGGGGCUUUUUUUGGUUGGUUUUUUUUUAGGGGGCUGGUAGAGAGGUGUUGUUUUGGUGGUUGUGAUUUUUAACUUCAAUUUUUUGGGGGGGGAAUGGGGUGUUCUGUUUUUUGGUUGGUUUUGCUUUUUUAUUUUCUGUUGAAUUUCAGUAUAGGCUAUCAGAGCUACAGAAUUCAUUUGAAAAUAUUUUCAUUUAAUGAAAGGGAAUGUCACUAGAAAGCUCAAAAAUAUUCUGUAUCUGUGUAAAUUUUAGUUAGAAAACUUAGGACAGAUAAUUAGUUAGGAAAGAUAAUUGUCAUUUUACUUUAACUUCCUGAGUACUUGAAAGACUGUGGUGAGACAGGUGAUUCUUUGCAUGUUUACAUAUUAUUCUAUGAGACUCAAAAUGAGAGGGACCUUCUCACGGCUUCUCUGUGUUGCCCAUGUAGGCACCUUUCCACAGCUUCUAGUACCUAGGCUGAGAGAGCUGGGGCUGUUCAGCAUGAAGAAGAGAAGACUUCUCUUCUUCUUCCAGGUAGACCAUAUAGUGGCCUUUCAGUAACUGAAGGGGUCUGUAAGGAAGAAGGGACAGACUCUUCAGCAGAGUCUGCUGUGAUAGCACAAGAGGAAAUGGUUUCAAACGAAAAGAGGAGGGAUGUAUGGGAUACUCAUGAACUUAUGUAAAGCAAGAUAAUAAUUUAGAACGUUAGAUAAGGCAAGAUUUUGUAGUUUUGCUAUAGGCAGUAUUUUUGUUGUUGUUUUUUCCCCAAGAGAUCCAGCUGAGUGCAAACUCCAGAAAGUAUUUUUAAUCAAGUCAAUUUAACACCUCUGGAGUUUGGCUUGUGGGUCUACCUAGAGCGUCAAGUGAACUGCUUCUGUAGGACAACUGGAGUCCGUUCAUAGAAGCUGUCAGUCUGGUACCUCCCACGUGUUUAUCCUUUGAUUGUGGUUAUACUUUUUGUCAUGACUCUCUAGAUCUAGAGUGGACAGAGGUGCAUGUGAAACUGCUUGGUGAUUUGUUUUCAGUGAGCUCCCUAAUUCUACAUGAUACUGUGAAGAAGUUCAUGGAGAAAUGACCUAAGGAAUCUGUUCCUGAAGAACAGACCUUUUGUACCUGAAAGCAUGUACUUGCCACAUCCACACAGAUACAUAAGGUUUACCUGUGUUCUGUUCACCAUUUUUCUGCUAGCCAGAAUGAUUUCACUUGGAGUCCUCUGCUUACUUUUGAGUGUUGAAUAACAUUGUAAGCUUUAAUUCAGCAGAGUAAACACUUGACAGAAUUAGGACCAUCCUGUCUGGUGUGUACUUUUUCUUUUUCCCUCUGGUUCUUCAAGACACUAGUGAACAGUAUUAUGACUUGCUCAGGCUUUUCUUUUUUUGAACAGUUGCAGUGUGAAGCUGCAGCUGACCAGCAGUGCAUGGCUGCUGCUCCUCCAGGCAAAUCUGAACUAGCUCUAGGUUCGCUGCCUUGGGUGCUGCUAUCAUAUUCAGCUUAAUUGAAGCUGCAGAGCUCCCAAGAAGCUGGAGGUAAAUACAUGACCAUUUAAUAUUCCUGAGGUAUAUACUUACAAGUUAUUCUGGUGGCAAUGUUCAGUGUAAGUGCUACACCUGAGCACUAGCUUCAGAAAAGAAAUACAUGAUGCUUUGAGGGGAGCAAACAUCGCUGUGGUUUUGUUGUGUGGAAUGGGGCUAAUGUCUCUAAGUAAGAGGAGGAGAAAGGCUGUAGUAGAAAAGAAGCAAUAUGGGGGAAAAUAGAAUUCUUCAAAGAUUCUUAAGACUUCACCAAAAUCUGUGAAAUAUUUCAUUAUUCCAGCAAUAUUAACAAAAAGGAAAAUCUGUGUUCAGAAUUCUUGCCGAAUAACUUGUAGCAUCUCAAGGCCUAAUGAUAACCCUUAUCACAAGCACUGCAUAACACAGUCAGUUUCAUGUUGUUUGUGACUCGCACCAUUGAUGCCUGGGAGGAUAGGGCAGAGUGGUGUAAUUUGGGGAUGCAAUUUUGCAAUAGGUUUUGUAGAACUGUAAGAGACCUGUGUGUUACACUAGAUUUUUAAGACAAAAAGAUUUAAACCUACUUCUUGUUAUUUUAAUGAU